AAUAGCAGACCUGGAAGUGUUAGAGCAGCUGGGAACCAUGCUAAAGCUAAGCUGAAGCGGCCCUUUGUCACGUUUCCUGCUGUGUGUUCAGAUGUCAGUGACACACUCUCUGCCCUGGUUUGUUAUAGAUGUCUGAGAGUCAUCUACCCCCUCCCCCCCCCCUCCCCCGAGCUCACAGACUGACCCGUAAACUGUCAGAUGACCUGUGGGCUGCUUCACACUGUACGGGGCCAGAAGCAGAAGAGCAGUGUCUUCCCAGGCUGUGCGUGUGCAUGUGUGACAGAGACGGCACGUGAUAACUCCUGCGUGUGCGUGUGUGCGCACCUUGGGCAAGACGAACUGCAUCGCAGUGCAGCAAUACAUGAACUAGUUUGAGACACAGAAAUGUACAACUUGUAAUAAUCAACUCUUUAUUUGGCGUUUUUUGUUAAAUUCGCCAACCAUUCAAAUUUGUAGUCACAGAAUACAGAUAAUGUCAGUCUUAGUAUAUUUAACAUUUAGCGAUAUGUUAAAAACAAAGGCGUGUUCCAUGUCAUUACUUUUGUUUGGCAGUAGAGAUGGCUUUUGAAGUGUUGCCGUUUUUGCACAAUUUAUGGUGAUAUUCUGAAUGCAUAAAACUAGUUAGCUGUGAAGCCAGGGAGCUCUGCAACGAGAGCUCGCUAUAAAAAAAAAUGCAAUUCAAAAUAUAUGUAAGUACAAACAUCAGGCAUCCAAAUUAUACAUGCUGAAGUGAAUUAUUACUGAGCAUAAUAAUGUAAAGGAAGCUCGCCAGAAAUGAUUGAUCUUUCUAAAAAAAAAUAGUUUAGAUUUAAUGAUGACUUAAUCCCGUUUGGUAAUUUUGCAAAAAAAAAAAUGCAUAAUGUUAAAUAAAACCCCAGCUCAGAUGCGCAUUUUGUUCAGUUUAGGAUUCAACAUUAAUUGAAAUAAAUUAACACUACAAUCUUAAACACUUGAACUCUGUUUUAGGUCGUAGACCCUAUAUUGUAUAUAGUACGGAUAUUUGCGUGGUUCGCGAACUCCUGAGAGUUUGGGUGUUUGUUAUAGCCCUGCUUGUGAUGCGUUGUGUGUGGGGGGGUGUCACCCUCUGAUACAACAUCACUUUGUUUUUACGAGCCCCAGCUCUGCCCCGCAUCGCGCUCCGUAUGCCCGGGAUGGACUGUACGGCCGAGCGACUCUCCCCUGCCUUUCGACAGUAUGACUGCGGAGUCGCCCGGCAUCAGGCUUUUGUUCUUUAUAAUGGCAUGUUUUGUUUCAGUGAUGUUUCAUACAAUAAAGUCUUCAACCAGUUCUCCCCUUGCUGUUUCUCGUUAAGCGCUGCGACGGUCACUCCUGGACAGACACCAGCACGUCUGUCUUUAAUCCCAUUACUCCGUCCCUUCGCCCAUCGCCCAAUUGCAGUGGGUUUCUGUAGCUGCGUAUUCACUUUACAGCUGCUGCAUGAAGUUUAAAGUGUUUGCCACAAGCAUGCAAAGAGGCUAGAUGAAUAUUUAAACAAGGGGCGUGUACAGAGGCCGGGUGGACCGUUUUAGCCGUUUUACAUGUCUGCGUCUGCCGGUUAGCUCAUCAGUUGGUGGUCGACACGUCGUGGGGACAGGACACAAAUGGUGGAGGCUGUGGUGGAGUUUGAGUACAAGGCCCAGCAGCAUGAUGAGUUGACUCUCGCGGUCGGCGACAUCAUCAGUAACAUUCAAAAGAAUGAGCGGGGAUGGUGGCAGGGCGAGCUGGCUGGGCGCAGGGGACUCUUCCCAGACAACUUCGUCAGGGAGAUCAAGAGGGUGGCAUGUCCGAUAACCGAAGCCAAGAAGCCAAAUGAGGUCUCCAAAAACAACAUUGCUGCUGGGCGUGACAUUUGGAUGGUCCAGAAAGGUGAGAACGUCGGGAGAGGAUGGUGCGUGGCGACUUUUAGCUACACGCCUCAACACAAGGACGAGCUCGAGCUGAAGCCCGGGGAUGUUAUUGAGAUCAUGGAGGAGGUGGAGGAGGGCUGGUGGGAGGGUCGUCUCAAUGGCAAGAUGGGGAUGUUUCCCUCAAACUUCACCAGAGAGUAUGUAGAGGAGGCCAAGGACCAGGAAGGCCGCCCCAACACCCCAGACAGUGGCAGUGGCACCGGUGUGACGCUGAGCCCAAAAACCCAGAGUAAGGAGCCUGAGUGUGGUAGCCUUAGGUUGUUGGACAGCGGUGAGACCCAACCUGAGCAGCUACGGGCUCCUGUGUUUGGGGACAUUCUCAGGGACAAACACAGCCCUUGCUCCAUGAACCAAGAUGGCGGCGUGGAGAAAGUCCAGGGAAUGACCAGUGCUGAGGCAGUAGGCAAAGUCAAAGCCCGUGAAUUCUGUAAAGGAAUAUUUUCCUAUGAGGCGCAAAAUGAAGAUGAGCUGUCAAUCAAAGAGGGAGACAUUGUGGCCAUCAUCAAUAAGGAGUGUGCUGACCCUGGUUGGUGGCAGGGGGAGCUGCAGGGCCGGCAAGGACUUUUUCCGGACAACUUUGUCAGGCUGCUGGUGUUGGAGGAGGAGGAGGAGAUGGUGAAACCUAUGAAACCUCCACCCCAAUACUCGUCUGCUGCUCACACCAAAGCAGGUGAAAACAAGCCAGAUGAUAAAACGAUCCCACCUGACCAGAGAGAGUCACUUACCCAGAAAGGAGAGGAUAAUGUUGACGAAUUGAAGCCUGGUGUUGGCAUCCAAAAGCACGAUCGCCCUGCUAUUCCCCCAAAGAACCCCCUUCUUCUCAAACCAACAAAAGUCUUAGGACAGCCUGCUAUUGAUUCUGCGAAGCCUCCACAGAAAGCUGAAGAACCCCCGGUUGCCCGCAUCCAGUCAGCAGGUGGGACUUCCAUGCCAAAACAGGGUGGCUUGGAUCAGCACAUUGAGGUGGAAGACUUUGACUCUAUCGUCACGACCAGUGAGAAGUUGAACCACCUGACAGCGUCUCGGCCACGGGUGACAGACCGCCGGCCACGCACACAGGGGUUACAGCAUUUCACUGCCUCCUGCCCAGACCUCUCAGACACACCGAAAGCAGAGGAGAAGGAUGAGGAGCAACGCUCUACAUCCAAGAAGGCCUCUGAAAUCCGGCUGCUUCUAAAACCCAAGCCUGCAAUGAUCCCUCCGUCUGGGGCAUUCAGUAGCCAUGGACCAGACACCAAAUCCAGGAGCGAAAGUGUCAGCAUGGAGGAGCUCCGGACCCAGCUCAGGGACCUGAGGGGAGCUGUCGAGCUGAUGGGGAAGCAGCACAAAAAAGAGAUUAAACAGCUGAUGAACGAACUGGAUGAAGAGAAGAAGAUCCGUCUCUCACUGCAGAUGGAGGUGGCGCACAUUAAGAAGACCCUGUCCAAGUGAGAGACCAUCCGCCGCCAGCCUCUGUGGUCGUCCCUCCUCUCUCCUCCUCCUCAGUCGAUUUCAUGAGUUUAAAGUUGAUUUAAUGCGUAGGACAGCUUUGGUUUUGUGUGACGAAUGCCAAAUGGGCAUUACGUAACUCAACCAGGACGAAUGAGGCGAUGAGGCCGCGCUGGCAGCAUUCAGGCCGAGCUGUUGCAUCGUGGCACAAGCGCUUUCUGGGUGUCGCAGAUCCAGGGCGUCUUUCUUUCUUCACGGGGGUGUGUGUAUAUGUGUGUGUGUGUACUGCAGAAAAGACUAACUGUGUGGGUUUGGAAAGAUUUCAGGUUUGGAUUAAAGAAAAUCAGAUGCCAAA